UGGCAUUCAAACUUUCAGAGCAACGAGCAGAGAAAAGAGAUCGAAAGCGGCACUUGAGAGUUUCUAACAAACCUACUAAAAGGAUUUCCUCAUCUCAAGGUUAUAUUCCUUCUCGGUAGAGUUUGCUUGGAUCUUCCUACUUGCUUUUUUGGGGGAACGAUGAUGUUUACCGCUUUCAACACGGAGUGCGACUCUUCUUCCCGCUGCAGCACCGCGUCCCCGUCGGUGGACAAUCUAGGAUAUUACCCCUCACCAGCGGGAUCUUACUCCAGCAUGGGAUCACCCCAGUCUCAGGAUUUCACUGACCUGACAGCAUCAAGUGCCUCCUUCAUCCCCACUGUCACAGCCAUUUCGACAAGCCCCGAUCUGCAGUGGAUGGUUCAGCCUUUGAUCUCCUCAGUGGCCCCUUCGCACAGAGCUCACCCCUACACCCCCAGCCCCACAUACUCAAGACCAGGGAUGAGGUCUGCAGCAUCCAAGGCUCUCAACUCUACCAAGAGGGGCAGAAUGGAACAGACAACACCCGAGGAGGAAGAGAAGAAAAGAAUUCGCAGAGAGAGAAAUAAGCAGGCAGCAGCUAAAUGUCGCAACAGGAGGCGAGAGCUCACAGACACUUUGCAAGCUGAAACUGAUCAGCUAGAGGAUGAGAAGUCCAGUCUGCAGAACGAUAUUGCUAAUCUUCUAAAGGAAAAAGAGAGGCUUGAGUUCAUUCUGGCAGCCCACCAACCCAUCUGCAAAAUCCCCUCAGAGCUUGAGGCAGACUUCUCUGUGGUCUCCAUGUCUCCUGCUCACCCCUGCCUCUCUACCAGUAUGUCCUCCCAGACACGCACCACCAUCCCAGAGGCAUCCACUAUCACUUCCAGCCAACCAACAUUCACUUCAACAUCCAACUCGAUCUUCUCCGUCAGUAGCAGCAGCUCCAACCUCUCCACCACCACCGUCUCCAACAGCGUGGUCAAGAUGACAGACCUGGAUGCCUCCGUCCUGGAGGAGUCUCUGGAUCUGCUGGCAAAGACGGAAAUGGAGACAGCUCGGUCAGUGCCAGAGGUGGACCUGUCCAGCUCCCUCUACACAACUCAGGACUGGGAGCCUCUUCACAGCUCUGCCAAUAACAAUGACUUUGAGCCCCUGUGCACGCCCGUGGUGACCUGCACACCGGCCUGCACCACCUUCACAUCCUCUUUCGUGUUUACCUUCCCAGAGGCGGAGACCUUCCCCACUUGUGGCAUCGCCCACAGGAGAGGAAGCAACAGCAACGACCAGUCCUCCGAUUCCCUCAGCUCACCCACCCUGCUGGCCCUUUAAAGACUCUUCUAAAAUAUAAUACUUCCUAUCAAGCACAUUCUCUUGAUGUAUGAGGUAGAUGUGCAGAUCACAGGGCUAUGGAAUGGACUUGUACCAGGAAGCAAAUUAUUUAUGAUUUUAUUUGCCUUUAUCUAUACUUGCCUAUUACACCAAUGUAGCAAGUUAAAAAGCAUGUUUUAACUAAUACCACCUAGUCGUUUUAUGAGUUCAUCUAUGAUUUGAAUUGAUGGUGCUCAAUAACAAAACCUGUAGUAGUGUUGAUAUGUGUUCACAGCAAUAGUUUGAUUAGUAUUGAUUCAGUUUGUUUUCUGGUUGAUGGAAUGUGAGAGUAAUUGUGAACUGUUUGUGAAACUUUAAAAAAAAAGAAACUGAUGUGCUUUGUCUUAACCAUGGUCUGAGUGGUCUAUCUUAGUAUGAAGUUUUCUGUGAAAACAUUAGUGGUUUUAAUUUAUGAAAUUUCAAUUUAUUUUUUUACAGAGAGAAUAAAGAUGAAUGUUGUUUGUAAGACAUGUAAAUAAAAGAUAGCGAUAUUUAAAUUCAA